AUGAAUAAUAAUAAUAAUCAUAUAUUUGUAAAUUUAUCACAUCUUUUAUUAAAUAAGAUAGUUGAAUUGAUACCAAAUGCGAUAGAUAGAUUAUGUUUCAGUUUAACUUGUAAAAGAUGGUUCGAAGAUCGUGAUAAAUAUCUUACGUUGGACAGUGAAGAGUUCUAUAGCACAUCGCGACAGUUGGAUGAAAUUGCAGAUUUUCAUCUCCAUUCCUAUAGGAAGCAAUACGAGACAGUUCUAAAGAAUCUCGAUGAUUGUGUAUUAUGUAUUGGAACUAGUGUUUACUCAAGCAUUGAUGAAUUUACAUUUAACCAUAAACAAAAUGAUAUAAAGCAACUAAAAAUUGAUCCAGUUGUUUCAAAAAUUUUAUUUUAUUCUGACUGUGAUGUGGAAACGAUGCUAGCUGUUUAUGACAAAGUGGUCGAUUCCAAUGUUGUUAAAUAUGAAAUUUAUUUCGAUAAUAAUUUGGCCGUUGGUUGUAUACCAGCGAAUAUCAAAAAUCUUGGGUUUUUCACGUUCAGAAAGCAUUUGGAGAAAGGUUGGCUACCGGAUUCAUUGGAGUACGUUUCUUUUGGAGGAUAUAAUCUACCAUUUGAAGUUGGUACUCUUCCUGCUUCUCUAAAAGAACUACAGCUUGGAAGCUAUUCACAUAUUCUCUCGGCCGCUGUAAUUCCAAAACAAUUGGAAAGACUUAAAUUCAACCUUCCCUAUGAACUCAACCUACCGGCACUCCCCACCAGUAUUGAAGCGCUCUCCGGUAUCACUAACGCAUCGUUUAGUAAUAUUCAACAAUUGAAAUCGCUACCGAAUCUCAAAGAACUCUUACUUUACCUAAGGCCAUCGGGAUACACUCUGAAACCAGAUGAUCUUCCAAAGACACUCGUUACCAUCUAUCUUGAGGCAUUCGACUCUGCUGAUCCAUUUACACUGCUACCAGAUGUCAUUCCAACACCGGCAGCAGAUUCCAACUAUGAAGAUCUGGAUCUAGGUGAAUGUUUAAACACACUCGAUCCAAGAAUCAUUCCUAGCUCCUGUACGAUAGAGAACCUCGAUAUCUGUAGUCAAAUCAACUCUGUUCAACCUCUCUCAGUUGGUCAACUACCAUCGAAAGUUAAGAAUCUUUCAUUGGGGGUUUAUAAUCAUCCUUUGGUAGCGGGAGUGUUUCCUGAAGGCUUGGAAGAGCUGAAUCUCGGCGAAGUUUACAAUCAUGAAAUCCCUGUUGGUUUGAUUCCAAAAACAGUGAAAACACUGGUGCUCAGUCAGGAAUAUACAUUACCUCUUCUUCCUCAUUCCAUACCGGAAUCAGUGACCGACAUUGAUUUAUCAAACUAUGAUCAGACUCUAGCUGAUUAUGUACUUCCAUCUACACUUACAACUUUAAGAGUCAUUCAUCGAUUCCUUGUCAACAAUCCACUACAAACAUUGCCAUCAACUAUCGAAACACUUUAUGUAUUCUUUCCAAAAUUGGAUAGUCAACUUUUUUAUAUUAGAAAACUUGACAACACAACCAAUCAUUAUCUGAUGAUUGCAGAUGGUGGAUUAGAAGGUGGAAUCAUUCAUUUUGAUAUACUAAAUCAAUUAAUAUUAAACGAUAAAGAUAAAGAUAAUGAUGAUAAUGAUGAUAAUGAUGAUAAUGAUGAUAAUGAACAUAAUAAUUAUGAUGAUGAUUCAGAAGAUUCAGAAGAUUCAGACGAAUAA